AUGCCCAGCAGCGCGCCCCUCGUGUCGUCACGCUCGGGGUCGGCCCUCUCUGUCGCAACCGGCCGACCCAGCGUCGCGCGACCUCCUUUCGUGCGGAGCUCCCGCAGCGCCCACGCCUGCAGGCUGCGCGCUGGCAGCGAGAGGGCCCUGAGCGAGGUAGCCUCAGAGAUCCUCGAUCUCAUCCAGGCAGAGUCUCCGCCCGAAGACGCACGCGCGCGCGCCAGGGAGCUGUUGGCGGAGCUCACGCGCCGGUCCGAAGGGCGCCCCUUCCAUGAAGCGGCGCUCGCGGGCAAGUGGGAGGCGGUGUACACGCAAGGUCCCGUGGCGUGGAGGCUGUGGGGCGCUGGCGCGCGGGCGAUGGGCAAGCGGGACGCGUCGUUCCAGCAGUUCGAGCCGGACGGACGCCUCGUGGAGAACAGCGGUGAGCUUGCAGGGGGGGGCGUGAUGGUGCGCGCCACGGGCCGCUACGAGCCGCGCGAGGAGCCCGACGUGCUGCCUCGCACCAUCGUCGCCUAUAUCGAGCAGGGCGCCGUCGAGGUUCCGUCGCGCGGGUGGACCCUGCCGCUGCCUAUCCGUGGGAAGGGCUCGUUCGAGGUGGCGUACGUCGACCAGCGGAUACGGGUCUUCCGCAGCCCGCUCGGAUCGCUCGCCGUCCAGGUCCCUGCCGACCGGCCCUAG